AUGGGCUCUUGCAUUAGCAAAUGCAGGCCAAAAAAGAAGUUCAAGAGAGACUGCAAUUGCAUGGAAGAAGAUUUUAGCCAUGUUCAAGAAAAGCUUGUGAUUUCUCAACCACCUUUACCAAUUCAGAAUCCAGUUUCCCCAUCCCCUUCUGUUGCUUCUAGUACUUCAUUUUCUUCUGUUUCUGGUGCUAAUAGUAGCACUAGCAGUGGAUUUUCAAUGGCUUCGUCGUUAUCAUCUUCAUCGUCGUGUUCAUCUUCGAUUCCGGUCUCCAAGGAUAGGUCAUUUUCCAACGAGUUCUUGUGGUCUUGUGUGAAAGAAAAUCCACAAAUAAUUGGCAGGAAUUUGAUCAAAGGAAAUCUUGAGAAGUCUAAUAUGAACAUGUCAAGUAAAGUUCAUCCUUGCAAGUUUGAUUUGCCCAUCAAACAAGCGAUUCCAGAGAGGCAUGGGGGAUCAACACCAAAGAAAAGAGCUCGAGCAAAUUCGCCCACGCUUGUCAGACAAAAAAGCUUCAGGAAAGAGCCUGAACAUAAGGUGAGUUCUUCUCCUACAUAUCAACUUCCAAGCAGAACUUUGAUGAUGCGAUCGCCUUCACCAAGUCGAAGAUUCACUGGCGACAGCUUUAGAGAUUCACCGAUGAAUACAACAAAAGAGAUUUACUCCAGAAGAGCAGCUGUUCCUAAAGCAAAUUCCAUUAAUCCUAUUCCUACAUCUUCUUCAAUCAUGAGGAAAGACAGUUUUAGGAUUCCACCUAGUCCAAGUUAUGAUGUGGGUAAAAGCAACACAAUCUUGAAGAGUAGGGAGGCUUUGAUCACUCAACAGAUUGGUUCAAGGAAUUCUCCAAUUGCCGUUGGACACAAGGAGGAAAACCAAGAUGUGGAGUCAAUGGUGGUGGAAGAUGUUAACAAUCCGCUUAUUGCCUUGGAUUGUUUUAUUUUCCUGUAA